AGUCUGAAUGCUUUCCAAAUGCACUGUAAAUAAGAGCAGACUCCUCAGUGUUUCACCUUUCAUCAGUGAUGUUACUUUAUUAGGUAGGUAGCUAGCAUAUCUCUUACCUCGAUUUCAAUUUCUGCUGCUCCUAGACAGGCCCGGCAACGUCUUUCAACGGUUGGUAUUGUUGGAUUCGGGGUUAAACUUGGAACAUUGUUAUAUUCAGAAGUAUAGGAACAUUAGUUACAAAAGAGACAAGAGGGGUGCCAUAAUGAAGCUUGGGAGGGGCUGAGUGCAGGGAAAACAAUCGCAUGUGACAGUACUGAUAAGGGGAGAAACCGUUAGUCUCAUAUCACUUAAUUCCCUGCUUAACAAGAAUAAUGCAAUGUUUAGAGAUGAGGAGGAGACUCCACUCAAAGUGGUGUAUGAAUACCACCACGGGGAAGCCAUGUCUGUGUCUGAAUUACAGCUGUAUCGACCCUUUGGGGAUAGUUAAACUUGGUUAAAACCUCUUAAAGCUAGGGGGCAGAAUUUUCACUUUUAGAUAAAUAGCGUGCCCAAUUUCAACUUCCUGCUACUCAUGCCAAGAAUAUAAGAUAUGCAUAUUAUUGAUAGAUUUGGAUAGAAAACACUCUGAAGUUUCUAAAACUGUUUGAAUCAUGUCUGUGAGUAUAAUAUAACUUUUUUUAGCAAGCAAAACCCCGAGGACUAACUGUUCAGAUUAUUUUUUAUUCCCAUCUCUGUUCACUAUAUUGCAAUAGGAACCAAUUUUCAGUUCCUACCGCUUCCACAUGAUGUCGCCAGUCUUUGGAAUAUGGUUGAGGUUAUUCCUUUGUCUUAUGAAGAAGUAGGCCAACUCGGAACUGGGGACACUUUUGUGAGUUGCGCAAGACGUGAAGAGCAGAGCUGGUUUCUUUUCGUUCAUGUAUUGAAUACAGAUUGCCCCGUCUACAAUUUGAUCGAUUAUUAACGUUUAAAAAUACCUAACGUUGUAUUACAAAAGUAGUUUGAAAUAUUUUGGCAAAGUUUAUAGGCAACUUUUGAAAUAUUUUGUAGUGACGUUGUGUUUUUCUAAGCUGUUUUUUUCUGGAUCAAACGAGCUUUAUAAAUAGACAUUUUCGAUAUGUAGCUUUGUGGUAUAUGCUAGUACCGUAAAGUUUAGAGUAAGUCCUGAGCAGGAUAGAUCCUGUAUAGAUCCUGUGGAGGGUAAGUCUCAUACGUUUAAAGAGAGUAAGUCUUGAGCAGGAUAGAUCCUGUGAAGGGUAAGUCUCAUUGCUUUAAAGAGUGUAAGUCCCAAGCAGGAUAGUUCCUGUAGAGGGUAACAUUUCAUAAAUAAAGUCCCAAGCAGAAAGCCUGUGGAGUGUAAAAUCUCAUAGAGAGAGGGGUAAGUCCUGAAUAGGGUAACCUGUGGAGGGUAAAAACCUAGUGUAACGGUAUAUUGGCCAGACCCGUAAGAAGGGAGUCGCAGUGGCCGUGACAGCGCAGGGUGUGAGUGUAUGUGUGAAAGAGAGGUUCAUUUUAUGCCCUGUUGGGGUAGUGAACCAUGGCAGAUUAUGUGGAAAUAGGAAGACAAGUGUGAAUAAUUUUGUUUUGUUGUGCUCAAUAAUAGUGAAUACGGGAAAAAGCCAUUAGGUCAUCCGUGUUCUCCAGUAAUACAUUUCCAGACGCUAUGGUAUCGGUUCUAAUACAAGGUACUAAGUGCCGUGACCUAUUAAUUGUUGUCCGGGGAAGUGUGUAGCGCGAAUAAUAGUUGUGUAUUUUAGACGGGAGUGAAGAAAUCCAAAACACACUUAACACCGUCGGGAGAGGUUAAGGAAUAAUAACUAUUGAUAUGGCGACAAACGGCCCCGAUUCUCCCUGUCAUAUGGAGCUAAAGGACUUUAAUAAAGCCAUGGAGGUGCUGAAAGAAGAACACGAGCAUUCUAACAAUUCGGCUCGAAUAUGGGAAAAGUUAGUGAUAUUGGGCAGUUUUAAGUAUACUGUGGGGUUCAUUUUGGAUGGGAAUGUUUUGAAAGAUAUUUAAAUGGGUUCUGAAGGACAGGGAAAGAAAAGGGAGAGGAAAUAUUUUAAUGGUGUCAAAUGCCUGAUCAUCUCCACUAGAAAUGAUCAGAACAAGGGGGAUUCCAUUAUAAAAUGAAUGAGAAACACCAGUCUCUAUUCAGAUUGUGCCAUUACUUUAUGAGAUCAUUAUUAUUUCUGUAAGGAGUUAUAAAGAGUUGUAAUUUUAAGUUGAUUAGUUAUUUGAAUUUGUUUACUUUUGAUUUAACAUGUUGUUUUUGAGUCACAUGUUCGGAUGGGAAAAUGACCAGUUCCCUGAGGUCCUGGUCUUUGGGUAAAGAUGCAUAUAGAAGGGAAAAUAUAGGUUAAUAAGGGAUGACCGUGACUUCAAAUGGAUUGUGAUAUGUGUAUUGCUGAUUUCAUUUUGUGUUUUUGUUUCAAUACAAAUUUCACCAGAUUGGGAUACUGGAGUGUGGGAUUCUUCGAGGGGUUAGGGUGCUAACUUCGUGAUCUGGUAACUUUUCUGAGAGGUCGUCAGUAGAAUAAGGGAGUUAUCAUGGAAGGUGACGUCAGAUCGUGUCUUAAUGGAUGGUAGGAAUCAUUUGACCACAAACAGUGUGUGUAUGUGAACCUCAAAACCCUCCCUAACCGGCUGAAGAAAGAAGACAAAGGAGUGCAAUGCGACACUGACUUUUAACACUUCUAUCUGAGUCCGAGCCAUAAACUGGGGUGGGGGAGGAGUGCUGAGAGUGCGUGUGGUGUGAGCGUGGAGAAAGAGAGAACAGCUCGGGUGAGAGACUCGUGUACGUGGGAGAAACGGAUGUAUCUACUUGGAUAUUGAAAUCAGGACAUUAUCAAGGGCCAUCGAUGAGCUGUAAACGAUACCUGAAAAAGACACGCUAGAAUGAUAAGUGCAGGGAGAAGGGGGGGGGGGUCUACACACUGCGAACAAUUUAGACUAUGGAUGCAUUGAGAUACUGAUCCUUCAUUACCAGGCCAACGUGACAGGAAAACAGGGACGAAGGGGGUAUCUAAUGAGAACAGUUAUUACCGACAAUAAAAAGGUUUUGUUUAUAAAUGUACAUUCUAACAGGGAUGAUGUGUGCUAAGUUGAGAAGCUGGGAUUCAAGUCCUAUUCUGAAAGUAAGCACUAAGGAAUGUCAUUUUAAAUUUGGUUUAAAUGAUUUAUAGAAUGUUUUAGUUAUGAUUUGGACACAGCGAGAGAGAGUUGCUACAGAACGGUGAAGGGUGGGGGCAUUGCUAAAAUUUAUUUGACCGAGGGAGGCUCCAUAAACCUUAUCUCUAAGUGUCAAACGUGAAAGUUUUGUUACCAUGUAGUCAAAAUGUUUAUGUUAAAUCGCAUCAAUGGGUGGUGCUAAGUUAUUAAACAAGUACUUUUUUUCUUUCCUUUUUAAGUCAAUAUGUUUUUAGGUUUUGUGGAACAUAAGAGUGAUCAUUGUUCCAGAGGAGGGACUGCUGUAUAUUGACUAAUUGAUUUGAGAAUGUUUUAGUAUGUUUAUAACUGUAGAAAUGCAUUAGGAGUAGCAACUAGUGUGUUAUGGGUUAGAUGGAAUGAUAGAGGAGUAUCAUCCCCAGAGACUGUAUAUUGUUACAGGUGAUAGCUCAUGGGAGAGGGAGGACAGCUAACUGUACACAAUAUGGGGAUUUAAUUGAACAUUACACAUACCCAGAUCAUGGUGAGAGUAGAAGAGAUAGUGGUGGCAUUUCAGACACUAUGGUAAGCGUUCAAGAAACCUGUGACUCAGUUUUGUUAGGUUGGAUAUUCUUCCCGACUAAUUUAUCUUUUUCCCCAUUUCUAACAGCCGGUGAACACUUGACAGAUGAAUUCCAAAUCAAAGUUAAUUUGUCACGUGCGCUGAAUACAACAGGUUACAGUGAAAUGCUUACUUACAGGCUCUAAUAAAUAGUGCAAAAAAAGGUAUUAAGUGAACAAUAGGUAGCUGAAGAAAUAAAACAACAAUAAAAAGACUAUAUAUAGGCGAGGCUAUAUACAGGCUAUAUAGAGUAGCGAGGCUAUAAAAGUAGCAAGGCUACAUACAGACACCGGUUAGUCAGGCUGAUUGAGGUAGUACGUAUAUGUAGAUAUGGUUAAAGUGACUAUGCAUAUAUGAUGAACAGAGAGUAGCAGUAGCGUAAAAUUGAAGGAGGUUAUAGGCAUGGGCCAUGUUAGUAGUAGCAGGGGUUACUUUAGUAGCAUUGUUGGGAUAUCAGUUUAUGAGGACUCAUGUCACAUGGCUUGGUAACUGGGAGACCGAUGGGAGUACAGGGGAGGCUGUUAUUCAAAUGUCACAAAUUAGUGAUCGUGCCAUAAGAGGAGAGUCUAUGUUGUCAGGAAAUGACCCAUAUGUUGCAGUGUGUAUAUCCUCAGGUGAAAGCAGAGAUAACCAAGGGCAUGGCUGAAUUCUGGAGAUUGAGUGUACAUCAAGAUACACCAGGCGGGGGUGUUGGUACAGCAUUGGUUUGGUCCACACACAGUACUCCUUACAGCACCUGCAGCGGUAAAGAUUGUCAUGUCUCUCCUUGGUGGGUGCAUUGUUCUCACGUGAAGUGAGGUCUAGCUGCAUAAUGGGUGAGCUUGAAGACACCAUGGCAGAGGAAAUGGAGCGAAAGAGAGGGAGCGAGACUAGAUUCCACUGUAAGACAUGCAGAUGAGUUGGGUCUGGGAGCUACUUUAAGCAUCAUAGUUUGGGUUGGGUUAGCUGCUUUAUUGGUUAAUGCAUCAUAUGAAAGAGGAUAGAUGUUGGUGUAAUUGUACUCUAAACAACAUUUUUAAGGCAUUGGUGUGAAAGCAUAUACUGUACUGAGUUACCUUAAUAAGAGGAUGUAGGAUUGUUGCAAUGGAGGAGAAUUGGGAACCAAGUGAAAAUGACAUGGCUUGGGAACACCUUUCGGAACCUGGGGCCGGAAAGGGGAAGACUGGGCGAAAGCAUGAGGAGGCUUUUUAGGGAUUUCAUUUUUGUGGAAUCCAGCAGAAAAGUAUCCUGGAGACAUAGAGUCAGGUGAAGAGGGAGUGGGAAUUGUCAUGGUCUCAGUCUUUGGUUUUCAUGCAUAUAUAAUAAUGCAUAGCUUAUCACAUUGUUAAUACUGUUAUGUUUUGUGUGUUUUUGUUGCUUUCCAAGUCUUGUGCUAUCACUCUCGUAGGAAACAGAAGGAGAGAGUGGAGAAACAAAAAGCAGCUCCAACUGACAUGGAACAAGACAGCAGAUUCAGCUGAAAUGUCAUUUUGUUGUGUGAUUAGAGAUGGAAGUAAGAUUGUGUAUGGUGUGAUCAUAGUCCAGGCCAUAAGUCUCCGAGUUUGUAAACCUCCCGGUGGUGAAUGUUUUUUAAAAUCAUUGUUCGUUCAUUUAUAAUCAUCUUUUAUUUUUUAAUUCAUUUUCGUUAUCAUUUUUUGUUCAUUUUUAUAAGUAAUUUCUUGCUUUUUCUUGCUUCCCCCACAACAGGGGAAGCCAUGUCUGUGUCUGAUUUACAGCUGUAUCGACCCUUUGGGAAGAAUUAAACUUGGUUAAGCUUCACUAGUGUCCAGGUCGUCACCAGAGAAAUGCUCACUACAAAACCGUAGAUCCAGUCUUUAGAUGGGAGUGUUUAUGCAUCUUUGCAGGACAACUAACCAAAGCCUCAGUAAAUCUGGGUCCAAAGGAAGUCCGUGAGAAGAUAUCGGACUGUGUUUUCGCUUUGCGUUGUCACAUGUUGGGAUUUCACAUCUGCAAACCAUUUUCAACAAUAUUCAGCUAUUAACCUAACAAAAACUACUUCUGUCCCGUUUUCAUCGCCUGGCUGAUCUCAUGACUGACUAUUAACGUAGCUAGCUAGGUACCUAGUACUGUAUCUGUGCCAGUAGCGUGCCCCCUAUUUACACACUCGCAGUAGGGAGAGGAAUUGGAUUGAGGAAGUACAUGCAUGGUAGCGAAUAUGCUUGAGCUGUAAAUUAUCGCUUGAGUUCAACUAAAUGGAUUAUAACGUCCGGUAUGACACAAUUUCAUGUGUACAGCAUCUAAAGACUAUACUGGAGCAAUAGAGCUUCAUGUUUUUGGAUGCCCCGGAACUCCAGAAUGAGGCUGAGGAUGUCAAUUGCUGGUGGGAAAUCAAGGACACUUCCUGCAGCUCUUCAAGAUACAGAAUGUCUUCUCUGAGGCAGUACAGCCAAUCAUCAGUGCUCCCUCUGCCAAUGACCAGAAACCCCUACAACAUGCCUACAAUAAGUGCCUUCUGUACAGAGGACAAUGUGUCAGAAUGUAUCUCAUACAUCAAUCGGGAGGUAUCCUCUCUGGGCUUUCCAUUGCUUUGCACAGAGUCUAUCAACGGUCCUGAACUGAAUCUGGUGGCCGUGCUGAACAACGUGUACAACCUGCUCCAGCUGCACCGCCGGUGCCUGCAGACAGUGGAGGACAUUGAAGUGGAGCAGGUCAAGUCCAACAGCAACAUGGACUAUCUGCAGCUCAGCAACACUAGACUGAAGGAUCAACUUGAACUCUCCAAGAGGGAAAACACUGGACUUCUUGAGAGAGAACGUCAGCUACAGCUGAAAGUGAAGAGCUUGCAUAACUGCCUGAAAAAUGAAAAAGAAGAGGUACAGAAACUUCAAAGCAUCAUAGCAAGCCGUGCCACUCAGUACAAUCAUGACAUGAAGAGGAAUGAAAGGGAGUUCGGCAAACUAAAGGAGCGCCUGAAUCAGCUUCUGAUCGACAAAAAGGAUAAGAAACAAACGUUUGAAGUAUUGAACUACGUGGGAAGAUCGGAUGGGAAGAGAAGCCUUUGGAAAACUGGGAAGACUGAGGCCAGACAUGAGGGAGAGAUGUAUAAGACUCUACUGAACGACUACGACAGUCGCCACAAGGACCUAUUGAUGGAGAACGCAGAGUUAAAGAAAGUAUUACAGCAGAUGAAAAGGGAUAUGGUCACCAUUUUGAGCCCCAGGAAACCUAGCCAAAGUGGCAAGAAACAUGAUGACAGUCUAGAACAGUCUAUGCCUGUUUUCACGACAUCUCUGCAACAGACCAGCUCAGAAGAGGAUGAGGUGUGUGACUCAAGUAGAGAGAGCCUGGAGCUGUCCUGUGAGCAUGCAAGGGAACAGCUCACCAAUAGCAUUCGCCAGCAGUGGAGGAGACUAAAGAGCCACGUGGAGAGACUGGACAGCCAAGCAUCCUUGGUAGGGGAGAGAGCCAACAUGAACGCCAUCCCCAAAGAGGUCCAUGAAGAGGAGAUGGACAGGCUGAAACUGGAGAUUCAGCAGUAUAAAGACUUCAUCCACACGCAGCAGCAGCUCCUGCAGCAGCAGCUGAACUCCCCAUGUGACGAUGAGACAGCCUCGCUGCUCAACGACUGCUACAUGCAGGAGGAGAAGGAGCGCCUCAAGGAGGAUUGGAAGUCCUUCGAAGAAAAAAGGAAGAACUUUGAGGCGGAAAGGAGGAACUUCACAGAGGCAGCCAUAAGACUGAGCCACGAGAGAAAAGCAUUUGAGGAGGACCGCGCCACAUGGCUCAAACAUCAGUUUUUAAACUUGACUCCAUUUGGAGACCAAAUGAAGCCACAGAUGUCAAAGUCUCAAAGUGCCUUAUCAGGAUGGGCUGAGUCAGAGGCUAGGCCUGUGUCGACUCCAGCAAAGUUAAAUAAAUCACUAUCCCACACGGCUUUCUCCACAUCCAGAGCCUCCCCAGCGAAGACGCCAUCCACGGCAGAUCUGUAUCGCACACACCGCCUUAUCCCAGAAAAAAGCCCAAGCACAAUCCACCCAAAGCAAGACUCCAGCAUCCUUCGCAAUGGUGACGUUCCUGCCCAGCUCCGACACGUGAAUGGAGGAGCAAAUUGCAGAGCAUACACAUUCACGGGAGAUAGAAAUGGCUCCAUUUAAACACAGGGAUAGACACCUUGGCCUUUUCCCAUGACAAUCCAUGCUCUUAAACCAUUCAAUAUCAAGUGUAGUAUCAAAGGUAGUCAGACACACUUAAAUGGAAACGCCAAACACAAAAUAUAUUUAGUUCUUGUUUGUAGAACUUUAUAAAAUAAAAAUCUAUAAUUUAACUAGACAAAAAGGACCCGUACAGACGAGGCCCCUGUCUGUGUUUUGAUAGAGCCAUAAUAUUUUGGCUGCUGAGUGGCUCAUUGUAAAUGACAGGGACAAAUUAGUGUGGUUUUUAAUGUAAUGUUGGUGUUUGUAGAAGUCGUUUUGUAUAUAUUUAAUGUCAAAUGUCUUUGUUGUAUUACCUUUUUGUUAAGGUCAUGUAGUUUUAUAAAGUUGAAUGUUUAUCCGUAGGCACUCCUUAAGACAGCGUAAUGUAUUUAUCAUGGUCAACAUUGUUUCCCCCUUAAAUAUUUGAUAGCAUCUUAGAAUGUACUUUUAUUUCAAUGCUGCUGAUACACCAAAGGCAAUAAGAUAUAUUAGUUCUGUCAAUUUCAUAAAUACAUUUAAAUUGUGUCUUUCCCCUUGAAGUGAUUGUGGUGAUGAUGACAAAACAAUAUUGCUCAAGGCUAUUGUGUUUAUUGUUGUUGAUGCAGCGCACGGAACAGUCACAGCGAGGCAGAUGCACUUUAACUGCAUAUAUCACUUUGAAUGUGUUUUCUGCAUUGAUUUCUUAUUUUACAAUUCACCAUGAAAAGUGAUUGCCAUUAGAUUGCUGUUGUUAGAGGGCUAUAAUGUAUCAGAGACCAUCUUUGAAUGCACAGUUGGAUUUAUUACAAUUUGAAUGGUCAAGAUGUCA